ACUGUCAGCCUCACUUUUAUCUGCUUUGGGUCAGAAAGCCCACUGUGGCAACCAUGAAGUGGACUGUGGUGUGGUUGUGUUUCUUCAGUUUUGCUGGUGCUGCUCAAGCCAGGCAGGAUGACAACCAUGUCAACAACAUCUGCAGCACUUGGGGCACGCAGCACUUUAAGACCUUUGAUGGUGAUGUGUUCCAGUUUCCUGGCUUGUGUGAGUACAACCUGGUCAAAGACUGCCGAGAAUCCGAGAAGAAGUUUUCUGUGCACAUUAGACGAGAAGAAAAUGACGGAAAUAUAACAAUACGUUAUGUUGUGGUCACCAUCUCUGAAAAUACAUUCAACCUAACCAAGACUGAGGUCACUGAAAAUGGGAAUCCAGUCACUCUGCCACACUACAGUGGGGGAGUAAAGGUGGAAGAAAGUACAUUUUACAUCAGGCUUCGAGCUACCAAAGUCGGCAUUAUAGUCAUGUGGAAUCGUGAAGAUGCAGUCAUGGUGGAAGUUUCAAACGGAUACAAGAACCAAACUUGUGGCCUUUGCGGAGAUUUCAACGGCGUUCCCGUCUAUGAUGAGUUCAUGGAUAAUGGUUUUAAAGUGACUCCCAUUGAGCUUGGAAUCAAACACAGAGUCCAUCUGCCAAACGAUGAAUGCAAAGACCCCCCUGUAAAAGAUGAAUCAAAGACAAAUGUGUCACAUUCAUGCAAAGCAUUUCAAACUAUCUGUGAAAAAAUAUUUAACGGGGAUUCCUGGAGUUCAUGCACCAGCCUGAUUAGUGCUGAAGCUUUCAUCAAGGCCUGUGUGGUAGACAUGUGUGCCUGUAACAACGGUACCAGUGACUUCUGUGUCUGCAGCACAAUGUCUGAGUUUUCUCGUCAGUGUUCGCACGCAGGAGAACAGCCACCCGACUGGAGGAGACCUGAUUUCUGUGGUAAACAGUGUCCCUACAACAUGCAGUAUGAAGAAAGUGCUUUUCCUUGCAUGGAUACUUGCACACAUCAGGACACAAGAUUAGUGUGUGAGGACCAUAAAACAGAUGGCUGCUUCUGUCCUCCUGGAACGGUGUUUGAUGAUAUUUCUGAGAGGGGCUGCAUCCCUCUGUCUGAGUGUCAGUGCAAGCAUGACGACAUCUACGACUCUGGAGAGGUUUACCACCAUGAAAAAAAAAACUGUACUUGUUCAGAGGGGAAGUGGGAGUGUGAGACUUUCGAGACCCCAGCUACAUGUGCAGUUGAGGAAGGUUUACAUUUCACAACAUUUGAUGGUACUACCUAUACCUUUCAUGGAAAUUGUCUUUAUACCCUGGCCAAGGUGGAGAGCAAGGAUGGAGUAAGUCCAAACUUUACUAUUCGGGCCCAGUUGGGACAAUGUGGAGGAACAAAAUUUGAUAUUUGUCUAAAGGCUCUUAAAAUCCAUCUGGGCGUAGAUAAUGUAUUAAUGUUUACAUCUGAGGGAAAAGUUCAACAGAAUAUGGAGGACAUCAGUUUGCCAUAUUACUCAGGGGACAUCAGAAUAUUUCAUGCUUCAUCCUUUCAUAUUUUGCUCAACGCCAAGUUUGGCCUCCAAAUUCAGAUCCAGCGUGUUCCUGUUAUGCAAGCCUACAUCAGUCUGGAAAGCAGCUACAAGGAAAAGACACGUGGUUUAUGUGGAAACUACAACAUGGCUUUGAAUGAUGAUAUGACGACUCCUCAAGGGAGCCAAGAAGGAACUGCUGUAACUUUUGGUAAUUCUUGGAAGGCCGACCAAACAUGCCCAGAUGCAGGCAGAAUACUUGAAGACCCCUGUUCAGUCACUAUGAAAACUGAGAAUUAUGCCCGACACUGGUGCGAAAUGCUCAGAAAUUCAACUGGUUCAUUUGCAAAUUGCCAUUCAGAGGUUAAUCCUGACUAUUACUACAAGCGCUGCCUUUACUCCACCUGCAGCUGUGAGAAAAGCGAAGACUGCUUAUGUGCCGUCUUCACCUCUUAUGGUCGGGCUUGUGCAGCAAAGGGAAAGUUUGUGACAGAUUUUGGAAACCAAUGCGAGAAACACACAAAGAGCUGUCCAUCAACUCAGAUCUUCACUUACAAUCACCGGAGAUGCCAGCUGACCUGUAGUUCACUGAGCUCAGAUCAGCAGAGCUGCACUUCACAUUUCUUGCCUGUGGUUGGCUGUUUCUGCCCUGAUGGUCUCUAUCUGAAUGAAAAAGAUGCUUGUGUACCCAAAGAAGAAUGUUCCUGUUCCCAUAAUGAAGAUUACAUUGAAGCAGGAACGUCUGUCAACAUCAAAUCUGAGCACUGUGUGUGUGCCAAUGGAAGGCUUCAUUGCCAUUCCUUGAAAAAGCAGAACACAGAAUGUCCUCAUCCAAAAGUGUACUUCAACUGCUCCACUGGGAUGGCUGAUGACCAGAGACCACACUGUGUUCAACGUUGUUUGAAUCUGGAUGAUGAUGUUUGUGAUGCGUCAGAAUGUGUAUCUGGCUGCAUGUGUCCUUCUGGUCAUUUUGAUGAUGGUCAAGGCUCAUGUGUGAAAAAGACAGAGGAUUGUUCAUGCAAGCACAAUGGUCAAUUCUAUAAGCCUGGAGUCGCAGUUUACCAAGAUUGUAACCGCUGUAUUUGUAGAGGUGGGAAGUGGAAAUGUACAUCAUACAGCUGUUCACAGAGCUGCAUUAUAUAUGGAAGUGGACAUCACAAAACAUUUGAUAAGCAGCUAUAUGAGUUUCAAGGAGACUGUUCCUAUGUUGCUGUCAAGAACAAAUGUUCUAAUAAAACAGUAGAGGAUGAAAUUGAAGUCAUCACAGAAGAUGAACCAUGUGGAUCAACAGGGACAACAUGUUCUAAAACUGUCAGGAUUCAGCUGGGGAAACAUGUGAUCAUCCUCACUGACGGCACUUUUAAAGAGAUAGUUUUGGAAAAUGGCACCGAAAUACCAUACGAAAUAAUAAAUCGAGGCUUCUAUGUUGUAGUGCAUUCCAGCAUUGGUCUAAGAGUAAUUUGGGAUCGCAAAACAUAUUUUGUUAUAACACUGGAACCAUAUUACAAGGGUGAAGUGUGUGGCCUGUGUGGAAACUUUGAUGGUAAUGGAGAGAACGACUUCACCACCCGGAGUGGGUUGGUAGUGAGCAGCCCAUUAGAGUUUGCAAACAGCUGGAAAGGGGACAGCUCUUGCUCAAAUGUGGAUAAGCUUAUUGACGCUUGUGAAAAAGCACCUCAUCGAGACCACUGGGCAAAAAUGAAGUGCAACAUCAUAAAUGGAGACACAUUCAAAGAAUGCCAUUCCAAGGUAGAGCCCCAACCGUUCUAUGAAAAAUGUGUGAAGGACUCAUGUGCCUGUGACACUGGAGGAGACUGCGAGUGUUUCUGUUCAGCUGUUGCAGCUUAUGCUCAAGCUUGCAAUGAUGCUGGUGUUUGCAUUUCAUGGAGAACUCCAGAAAUCUGUCCUGUCUUCUGUGAUUUCUACAACUUCCACAACAAACAAUAUGAUUGCUUAUGGCACUACCAUCCAUGUACUCCAAUCAAAUAUCAGGGUUGUUCAAGCUAUUCUGUUAGAAGGUUUGAAGGUUGUUAUCCUAGUUGCCCAGAGUAUGCCCCAAUAUUUGAUGAAAAAGAAAACAGAUGUGUGGAAAAAUGUUCGAUAACAACAACUACUACUACUACUACUACUACAACUACUACUAUAACAUCUCCGACAACCACAAAAUCAACAACAGAAUAUACCACUACAACCGGAACACCAACUACAACUACAACCACUACAACUACCACAACAACUACUACAACAACAACUACACCCACAACCACAGAAUCAACAACAACUGAAUCUACUACUGAAACACCAACUACAACCACAACUACCACAACAACCACAACAACAACUACCCCUACAACCACAGAAUCAACGACAACUGAAACACCAACUACAACCACAACUACUACCACAACUACUACACCAACAACCACAGAAUCAACAACAGCAACUAAGUCUACAACUAAAUCAUUGUCUACUACCACCACUUCAACAUCAACUAAAAAACCACCUCCAACUGCAUCCACCCCAUGUGAACAGUGGGGUGUGCAGCAAAAUGAGAUGUUUUAUUUUUGCAACUGCACCAUGGCAAGAUGUAUUGGAGGCAAUAAAAUUGAAAUAGUUCCAUAUGAAUGUCCAACUAUGGAGCCCGUAAUUUGUGCCAAUGGGAAAGACCCUGUUCUUGUAUAUGAUUAUUAUCAUUGCUGCCAACAUUAUGAAUGUGACUGUGAAUGCGAAGGCUGGGGAGAUCCUCAUUACAUUACUUUUGAUGGCAAAUACUACAGUUACCAAGGAAACUGUACCUACUAUUUGAUGAAAGAAAUUACACCAAUGCAUGGCUUAGAAAUUUUAAUUGAAAAUGUCCAUUGUGACCCUACUGAAGAUGUUUCCUGUCCUCGAGCUUUAAUUGUGAAUUAUGGAGCACAAAGUAUCAAACUGAUCAACUUUAAUCUUGGUGGACGACCUGAUUUGAAGGCAUUUAAAAAUGAAGAUGUAGAAAAUCUAAGGCUCCCUUAUUGGAAAGAUGGUGUUAAAGUGAUGAGCACUAAUAUUAACUUGGUGUUAGAGAUCCUUCGUCUAAAUGUGGUUGUUAAAUUUGGAAGAACUGGCUUCAGUAUCAACCUUCCAUAUAAGUACUUUGGAGGAAACACACAGGGUCAUUGUGGAACUUGCUCCAACAAUCAAGAUGAUGACUGCAGAUUGCCUAGCGGUACAGUAGCAGAAAAUUGCGGUGUGAUGGCCGACGACUGGCUUCUGAAGAAAGAUAAGGGAAAAACUGGCUGCAUACCUAAACGUACACCUCCACAGAAACCAUGCAAACAAAAUCCAGAUUCUGUUUGUGAACUGCUUAAGGACCCCUCAGGUGCCUUUGCUGAAUGCCAUUCCCAGAUCUCUCCAGACAAUUUCUACAAAGGAUGCGUUUUUGAUAGCUGCUAUGUUCACAACCGGGCAGUGGAGUGCACAAGUUUGGAGACUUAUGCUGCUGCCUGCGCAGAGAUUGGAAUUUGUAUUGACUGGAGGAAGUACACUAAUAUAUGUGCCAGCAACUGUCCAUCAGGCAAAAUUUAUAAAUCUUGUGGACCUGCAGACCAACCAAGCUGUGAGGACAAUCCUAACGAUCCAGUCAUGAACUACACUACUGAGGGCUGCUAUUGUCCUGAAGGAAUGAAACUGUUCAGCAAAGAAUCAAAUAUUUGCGUUAAAAGUUGUGGAUGUCUUGAUCCCAAUGGGAAGCCCCGUGAGUUCAACGAGACAUUUGAAUACAAAUGUCAGGCCUGUGUGUGUGACGAAUCCACCAAAACUGUGAUCUGUAAGCCUAAAACGUGCCCACCCGCUGCUUUACCAAGAUGCAUGGAUCCAGGAUUUGUUCUUGUCAACCAAACUGAUCCAUCAAAUCCCUGCUGCAAUGUCCAUGUUUGCCAAUGUCAGAGCCAUGCUUGUCCGGACAUCAACAUGAACUGUGAUGUUGGCUUUAUGCCAAACAUCAGUGUUCCAGAGGGAAAAUGCUGUCCAGAAAGUACAUGUGAACCCAAAAGAGUCUGUGUGCUAAAUGAUGCUGAAUAUCAGCCUGAUUCUUCCGUUCCUGGCCAAAAAUGUGAGAACUGCUUCUGUUCCUCAAGCUCUUCAUCUGGUGGUCUGAUGGAAAUAAAGUGCGAGAAGCAGCAGUGCAAAGAAACAUGCAGAAGGGGAUUUGAAUAUAAAAAACCCAACUCAGAUGAUUGCUGUGGGACGUGUGUGCAGACCCACUGUGUGUUCAUUGUUAAUGGCAAUGAGACACUUUUAAAGGAAGGAGAAACCUGGUCACCACCAGAAAAUAAAUGUGAAAGUAAGACUUGUGUUAAGAAUGGUGAGACUCUUACAGUCACCAGUAAGCAAAUCAUUUGCCCAGCAUUCCAAGAGAGCAACUGCAAGAAUGACACAAUUCAGACUGCAGCAAAUGGCUGCUGCAAAAUCUGUGUGGAAAAAGAGAAGGCCUGCAGUCUGGUUAGCCGGACAACUCCUAUCAACUACAAUGGCUGUCAGUCUGAGUUGAAUAUGCCGUCAUGUGAAGGAUCAUGCGACACUUUCACUAAAUACUCUGACGCAGCAGGUGCUAUGGAGCAUUCCUGCUCCUGCUGUAAGGAGAGACGCGCCAGCAACCGCACUGUUACCCUGGCGUGUAACGAUGGUGCGCACGUCCAGUUCACUUAUGUGCAUGUGGAGGAGUGCGGCUGUGGUCACACAGAGUGCACCACACCUGCAGCACUGCAUGUUCGCAGAAAGCGACGCUUCACACUGCAGUGACCCAAUCCUCUGUCCUCACAUGUGGGAUACAGAUGUAUCUACAAGAAUCAUUUAAUUAAUCAUUAAAUCUCUAAUAAGGUAUAGCAUACUUUGUGGAGUUCAUUUAUCAGUUGAUUGAAUAAAAGCAUGCGUCUAA